AUGCAAAGCCAGAGCACCAGAUUUGAAGGAUCUGGCAACAUAUCCGAGCGAGCAUCGAUUGGGGUUGUGAAAGGCGGGAGGGAGGGGAGAAUAUCUAUUCCCAGACCCGUCAAUCUUGCUUGUAUCUCAAUCGGCAGUAGCCGUGACGGUGGUCGGAUGGGAUUGGAUAAGUUCAUGAUGAAUGAUCAGGAUUGGGUUCUGCUGGUGGAGAUGAAUGGAAUAACGGUGCUAGGUAGUGAUGGAGGUCGCCGCAAAUAA